AUGGAUCAACAACCUGGUGCUACCGAAGAACAAGCUGCAGUACCCCCCGAAGAACCUUUGGAUACGACGCUCCCGACUUCCGAGAGCUCGGAGGUCAAUGAUGUGGAUGCUGCCAAGCGUGCAUAUGCUUCAUACAAGCAGACGUGGGACAUAUCACACCUCGAAACAGCCAUAGCACUGUUUCAACGAGCGGCAGACUCUGCACCAGUACCAACGUCGUCUCUGCUGGGCUCGCUGGGAAAAUGUUUAUAUCUAUAUUACAGAGCUCGAGGGAACCUCGACAACCUUCAACGUGCCAUUGCGGCUGAGCAAAGGGCGCUCCAACUCGUUCCAGAGGGACACCCAGACAGGGCUUUCCAUCUGAGCAAUCUCAGUUUUUCGUUGAAGAAACGCUUCCAAUCCCUCGGCACAGUCGAGGACCUCAAAAGCGCCAUCGAAAUGCAACACGAUGCAGUCGAGCUCACUCCGGAUGGCCAUCCCAGCUUGUCAGUGCGUCUCGACAACCUCGGUGGCUUGCAGGAGCUUCGUUCUCGACGCUUUGGAAAUCUCGAAGACCUUGAAAGCGCGAUUGCGAGUCAACAGCGUGCGACCGAGCUGACUCCCGACGACCAUCCCGAUAAAGCGACCCUGCUGAACAACCUCGCUGGGUCCUCGCGCCGUCGCUUCGAGCGUCUCAACGACCCCGCCGACCUCGAGCGCGCCAUCACGAUCCAACGCCGCGCGGUCGAACUCACUCCGCAUGACUAUCCCCACUUGCCGGUGCACCUCGGCAACCUCGGCGACUUGCAGCUGCUUCGUUUUCGACGGUUCGGAAAGCUAGAAGAUCUCGAGAGCGCCAUCGCAGGUCAUCAGCGUGCAACCGAGCUGACUCCCGACGACCAUCCCGAUAAAGCGACCCGGUUGAACAACCUCGCUUUCUCCUUGCAAAAUCGCUUCCAGCGCCUCGACGACCCCGCCGACCUCGAGCGCGCGAUCAUAAUUCAACGCCGCGCGGUUAAACUCACUCCAGAUGACCAUCCCACCUUGCCGGCGAGCCUCGACAACCUCGGCGGCUCCCACCUGCUUCGUUUUGAACGCUUCGGAAAGCUCGAAGAUCUGGAGAGCGCCAUUGCGAAUCAACAGCGUGCAACCAACCUGAUUCCUGAUGACCAUCCCGAUAAAGGGACCGGGCUGCACAACCUCGCCACGUCCAUGUGCAGUCGCUUCGAGCGACUCGACGACCCCGCCGACCUGGAGCGCGCCAUCACAAUUCAACGUCGCGCGGUCGAACUCACUCCGAAUGACGAACCCCACUUGCCGGGGCGCCUCGCUAAUCUCGGCAGCUUGCAGCAUCGCCGUUUUCAGCGCUUUGGAAGGCCCGAAGAUCUCAAGAGCGCCAUUGUGGAUCACAGACGAGCUGUCAGUCUUACUGUGGACAAUCAAUCCGCCAAGGCCCUCCGGCUGCAUAACUUGGCACUCACUCUGGUGGAUGACUUCCGCCGAGAAAGGACAACAAAUCGUUUCACUGAUGCUCUUUCAUGUUUCAUGGCCGCCUCUCAAUCACUUGCCUCGCCGGCAAAACGUCUCUGUACAGUGACAUAUACGCUCAAGUUCCUCGACGAAAACCCUGAAUUCAGCACUGCUGAGAUGCUGUUAUCUGCCCACUCUCGCAUUCUACAUGUUCUCUCCGAGCUCGUCUGGCUUGGACAUACCAUGGAACGUCGCCUAGAAGAAUCUCAGAAGCUCGGUCAGCUCGCUAGCUCUGCCGUGAGCACUUCUAUUGGUGUAAAUGCUCUGGAACAAGCCGUGGAAUGGCUGGAUGCCGGAAGAGGCCUCAUAUGGACGCAGACGAUGUCAUUGCGCGACCCUCUUCACGAACUCGAGCGAAUCCGUCCGGAUCUCGCGCGUGCUCUCGCAGACGUGCAUAUACAGCUGCAGAGGACUAUCCAUUCAUCAUUUCCUCCACGUGCUAUGUCGAUAACAGAGAUUCGCGGUAACUCAGAGGCAGAUUGGCAUCGUGGUCUGGCCAUUGAGUACGGCAAUCUCAUCACGGAGAUUCGCCGACACCCUGGAUUGGGAGACUUUAUGCGUCCCCCCAAGCUUUCCACUAUUCUUCCACUGUGCACAUCUCUGCACGGAACCGUCGUGUUCUUGAACAUUGAUCAAUCUCGCUGUGAUGCUUUGACCCUAACACCGGACGGAACCAUACAUCCUAUUCCUCUUCCCAAACUUUCCCUCGAGAAAGCGGAGAGAAUACGGUCCCAAUGGGUGACCUAUCUCCAGCAGCGCAACAUACGCCAGCGGAUGGCUACUUGCAUCAAUCGUUGCUCGGACAGCACUUUACCUGUCAUUCGCAUACUGGGCCGUCUUUGGAGAUGGAUCGUUCUUCCCGUCUUGUCUGCGUUGAGAAUUACAAACCUGCCGAGGGAGGGACGUUUGCCCCACAUCACUUGGUGUCCGACUGGGCCGCUCACUCAAUUGCCCAUUCACGCUGCAGGCAUCUACGACGAAGAGUUCGGCCCUCAUACAUAUGAUUAUGUGGUAUCAUCUUACACCCCCUCGCUAUCGACACUCACGCGCAGCAUCGGCGCGCUCGCACAGCAGCGCGCUUCAUCGCCGUCGGGUAUCGUAGUGGUGACGCAGCCCGCGACACCCGGGUUGCCGGCUUUGCCUGGUACCACGCUUGAGGGUAAACGACUGCAAGAAGUCUUCAAUGAUGGCCCAAAUGCCAUCUCCGUCUUGAAUGGGGAGCAGGCAACCAUUGCUACAGUCAAAGAGGCUCUGAGAGAGCGACCAUGGUUGCACCUCGCCUGUCAUGGAUCGCAAGACCUCACCGAUCCGCUGAAGAGCGCAUUCUCUCUCCAUGACGGACCAUUAUCACUGCUCGACCUCAUGAAUACGACGGCGGACGACGCCGGACUCGCCUUCCUUUCCGCGUGCCAGACCGCCGUCGGCGACGAGAAGAUCCCCGAGGAGUCGAUGCACCUGGCAGCGGGUAUGCUCGCCGUCGGGUACAAGGGCGUCAUCGCGACGAUGUGGUCGAUCCAGGACGACGACGCGCCGUCGAUCGUCGAGGCGUACUAUAAGAAGCUGCUCGAGCUUCGCGCGGCCGGAACGCUCGGAGCGGGAGAGACGGGCGCGGCAUACGCGCUCCAUGAGGCGGGAAAACGCUUGAGGGAGAAGGUUGGGGAGAAGAAUGUUGUCCGGUGGGCCCCGUUCGUGCACUUCGGAAUAUAA